ACAAAGCGUUCAAUAAUGUUUAGAAGAAAACAUGGAAAAGAUAAGAAAAUGGCGGUUCCAACGAUGGGGCAAAAGCUUGCUAUGAAGGUGGAGCUUCGUAUAGAAUGCCGGAAUUUAAUGAAUAAAGAUGUAUUGUCAAAGUCAGACCCCAUAGUUGUUGUUGAGGACUUGAAUACUAAAACAGUGCUUGAUAGAACAGAGAGAGUGGUGAAUAAUCUGAACCCAAAAUUCGAGAAGAGUAUUUUCUUGGAUUACAACUUCGAGCAAGUACAAAAGCUGAAAUUUUCCGUGUAUGAUAUUGAUAAUGACUCGGCCACGCUAAAUGACGAUGACUUCCUUGGUGCUGCCGAAUGUACACUUGGUCAGAUUGUUUCCGCUAAGAAAUUCAGUUGUAAUUUGGUUUUGCAGAAUAAUACGUUGGCAGGCAAAGGCUCUAUGAUGGUGAGACAAAAUACAACAAAAUUGAUUCAACACAAAUUUGCUCAUUUCAUGUUGCCUAAUGAUAUUGCCAUUCUUUCCUUUAGAGCAACACAUCUGGACAAAAAGGAUGUUGUUGGAAAAUCAGACCCUUUUCUAGAGUUCUUCAAAGAGGGUUCUAAUGCUGGUGAGUGGCAGAAAGUUCAUACAACAGAGGUCGUCAAAAACACAUUAAAUCCAACAUGGAAACCAUUUAAGAUUCCUGUUAUGACGCUCUGUAGUGGUAACUUGGAUAAAAAAAUUAAGAUAGAAUGCUGGGACCAUGAUUUCAAUGGUAAGCAUGAUUUGAUUGGGGAGUUUUACACAACUCUCAGACAGUUGGAAGCGGUAAACAAGAAACAGGUGUUGUGUUUUGAUCAUGAUGAAGCCAGUGCUCCAGAUCUUAUUGGCGAUUUCUACACUACAACUCGACAAUUGAUUGAAAAUGAUAAUCGUCAGGUCGAAUGGGAAUGCAUCAAUCCCAAGAAAAAAGCUAAGAAGAAAAACUAUAAAAAUUCAGGAGUGAUAUUUUUGACUGAAUCAAAGAUCAAAAGACAGUACACAUUUCUGGACUAUAUAUUUGGGGGAACACAGAUUAAUUUUACGGCUGCAAUAGACUUUACAGGAUCUAAUGGAGAUCCACGAGAACCCACAUCUCUGCACUAUAUCAGUGAAUCAACUCCAAAUGAAUAUACAAAAGCUAUAAUAGCAGUCGGAGAGGUCAUUCAAGAUUACGAUACAGAUAAAUUGUUUCCAGCUUUAGGAUUUGGUGCCAAAAUUCCACCCAAUAAUGAAGUGUCUCAUGAAUUUGCCAUCAACUUCACUCCUUCCAAUCCAUUCUGUGCGGGUGUCAUGGGUAUUGUAGCUGCAUACCAGAAUUGUGUCCGCCAAGUUCAGCUCUGGGGACCAACUAAUGUGUCACCAGUCAUCGACCAUGUUGCACGUUUUGCUGAAUCUUCUAAGCAGAAUUCCACUCCAAACUUGCAGCAAUAUUUUGUGUUGUUGGUACUUACUGAUGGAGUAAUAACUGACAUGUAUGAGACACGCAAUGCCAUCGUCAGAGCAUCUCAUCUUCCAAUGUCCAUAAUUAUCAUUGGCGUUGGCGAGGCAGAUUUUACUGACAUGCAGAAGUUGGAUGGUGAUGAUGGAAUCUUGAAGUCGCCUUCUGGAGAACCAGCUGCAAGGGACAUUGUUCAGUUUGUACCAUUCCGUGAUUUUAAAAAUUCUACUCCGGCAGCAUUGGCAAAAUGUGUUCUUGCAGAAGUACCAAAGCAAUUAUCCCAGUAUUUUGACAUGCAGCAAAUACCACCCCUGAACCACAAACCUUAAAUGUUCCUGUAGAUGUCUUAAAUUCAAAGAAUUGUAUUUCUUUGUGAUAAAAUACUAUCAUUUACUUUAACAUAACUACCUUUAUCAUAACAUUACUUAGCUCUCAAAUUAAUAUGUUUAGGACAAUUUAGAAAAUACUUGAUAUUAACUUGGUGUAGAGGUUCAAAUUCUAAUAAUCAUCAUCAUCACCACCAUCAUCUUUAUCAUAUUCAUCAUCUUCAUCGUCGUCAUCAUCAUCAUCACCAUCAUUCGUUAUUAGACAUAAACUCUUUGUUGGAAACACUCAAUUUUCUAUAGUGACAAUGUAAUUUCCAUGUACUGAUGCAGUCAAUAUGUGUGUGUCCCGGGGCAUUAAGACACUUUACUUACCGUAAAACCUCGAGUAAGUCCCAUGGGCUUAAUCUCAAGAAGAAGCCCAUCUCGAAAAAAUGCCCAUGAACUUCUAAUCAAGAUAAUAUGGGCUUCUUUCGAUACAGUACUUACAUCCAGACCGAUGUUAUCUUUGAUUAUUAAGAUAGAGUGUCAGUAUUAAUAGUACUUUAUUGUACUAGCAUGGUUACAAUUUUAAAAAUAUUAAACAGAAUUUCAAAUUCCAUAGUUGAAAAAUGUUGUAUAGUAUAAAUUCCAAAAUUUACACCAUUCAUUUUGAAAAGAAGCCUCCUCUUAGUGUACAAAAGUAAUUUCGAAAAGAAGCCCCUCUUGAAAAGAGGCCCAUCUCGAAAAGAAGCCCAUCCAACUGUCCUGAAAGAAUGAAGCGAAGGGCCUCAACUCGAGGUUUUACGGUAUGUUUGUCUCUUUGGUACUGGAAUAUGCUGGUAUGGUAAACUGACUUCUUGUGCAGUAGGUGUGGUACACACUUCACAGCACACUCCCAAAUGCUGGAAAGAUAAAUGUGGCCUUGUUAGCUCAGAGUUCCAAAUUUGACUUUACCAAUAUGUUCCAACUGUGAGAGACAAACUACAGUAAGCCAGUUAUUGAUGGGACAAUCAAUGGCCAAAUUCAUUCUUAAAAAUUAAUAGGAAAUAAUGUGAAGGUGAUAUUAAAAUACUAAUACUAUAAUCAAUGUUUGAAAUUAGAUUUAAACUGUAAGAUAUAUAAAGUGCCGAAAGACGGUUAUAUUAUAUUCAUAUUAUUUUGUAAGUCUCAGAAAUUCUUUUAUUAGAUUGAAUUAAUUUUUAACAUAACAAAUAUAUAUGUUAUUAGAUACAAUUGAAUUUUUAUCUCAUCCUAUAUAAUUAUCCAAUAGUAUUUAACAAAUUAGUAUUAUUAGGCUAGAAUGCAUUGAAUAUUUGUAAUAUAUUUAUUUUUUUUUAGAUUUUAACAUACUUAAAAUAGAAGUACAGUGUAAGAGCAUUUAGAACUCCAUUAUCAUUCCUCUUCUAGACCAAUAAUAGUGGUGAUUAAAGAUAACAAUGGUAGUCAUUAAUCUGGUUACCAGAUUACCGCUACUGAACUGUUUCUAGUAUAACAUUUAUUUAAAGGGCAGUUAAUACUUUUUGCACUUAUCACUCUGUUAACCAAGAGCCUGGUUCACACCUAGCUUAAUUCCAGUUAACUGGAUUAAGUUAGAUGUGAACCAUUCAAUUUACUGUAUGUCCAUACUAAUAAUAUAAGGUUAUUACUGGUCUAGUCUAGUUAAAACUGUCUCAAUAGUCCAGUUGAUACUGUCACAACCAAUCAUGUUCAUGUUCUUAGUCACAUGACUAAUCUUAACCUGGAUAACUGGACUUCAAUUUGAUGUGAACACACCUUAUUUGUCAUUAUUAAUCUAGAUUCCUGGACAUAAGAUUGAUGUUAACGAGGUUAAUUGUGGUCAUUACUAUAACCCUUCUAACAGGAUUAAUAUCAUUAUUUAUGUCAUUUCAUAAGUCAAUCAAUAACGUAAUAGAUUAUCUUCAUUAUUUUCCUUUAUCACUGUAGUAAUAAUACUGACAUGUACAAUCGCAAGUGCAAUAAUUAGGCAUUUCUGGCAUGCAGGGAAACCAGCUUGUAUUUCAUAUUGUACGAGGCAAUUUGUGUUUACUGUAUAUAUUUAUAUUGUAUCUGUUUAUGCGAUCAUGUAGGUAAAGCCUGAAUAAAGACAUUCAUUGUUGUGUUGUCCAA